AUGUUUCAUUACGCAUACAUCGUUUCAGCUCUCGCUGUUCUAUCUGUUGUUCUUGGACAUCCUCAAUGGCAAAACAGCGACGCCGAACGUAUGAGAAUACUUGGACCAUUGGCUCCUACUGCUCGCGGAGUUAGUUGUUCUGGAGUAUUAACUCCGUCCUCAACUAUCCCAUCCUCUGUUCAUGCUUUGAGACCAGCCGAUAUUAAACAUGUGGGAGCAAUGGGUGACAGUCUAACAGCUGCUAAUGGGGCUAAAGCAUUUUCCAUUAUUGCUGUAUUAGUUGAAUAUCGUGGUGUUUCUUGGAGUAUUGGCGGUGACGAUAAUCUUGAUAAAGUUGUUACGCUACCAAAUAUUUUAAGAAAAUGUAAUCCACAAUUGUUCGGUUAUUCCAAGGGCAGCGGUAAUAGAAAUAGUUCCGGUGCUGGAUUCAACGUGGCUAAAGCAGGAGCUAUUUCAAAAGACAUGCCUAGUCAAGCUGUCUUAUUAGUCGAUCGUAUUAAACGAGCAUUGGGUGCUAACUUCGCUUAUGAUUGGAAAUUGGUGACGUUUUUCAUUGGUGGAAAUGAUUUAUGUGUUUAUUGCAAAGAUACAAAACUUUAUAGUGCUGACAAUUAUGUGGGUAAUAUUCGAACAGCUCUUGAUUAUUUACACGCAAAUAUGCCUCGUACAUUAGUUAACUUUGUUACCGUAUUGAAUGUAGCUGAAUUAGACGAUUUACAUGAAGGUCUUACAUGUCAAUCACUGCAAAAUAUCAUAUGUGAUUGUUCAACGAAUAAAAAAACACGUGAAAUUACUCGUCAAGCUAAUAUUAAUUAUCAAUCGGGUACAAAUCAAUUGAUUGACUCAGGACGAUACGACACAAAAGAUGAUUUUACAGUUGUUCGACAACCGUUCAUGGAACAUAUGAAAGUACCAUUAACGGCUGAUGGCAAAUCCGAUUUUAGUUAUUUUUCUCCAGAUUGUUUUCAUUUCAGUCAAAAAGGGCAUGAAGCAGCUGCUGUUGAAUUAUGGAAUAAUAUGGUUGGUUUUUUUGUCUACAUUCAGUAA